CCGCGCCGCCGCUUCAGCGCGCCCGCGGCUUCCGCUUCCCCCCCUCCCUCCUCCCUCACCCCCUCCCUCCCCUUUUUCCCCCCCCCUUCCCUUCCCCUCACGCCGGACCCGCCAUGGACGUGAAGCGGCUGAAGGUGACCGAGCUGCGGGCCGAGCUGGGCCGGCGCGGGCUGGACGCCCGCGGGCUGAAGGUGGAGCUGGCGCAGCGGCUGCAGGAGGCCCUGGACGCCGAGAUGUUGGCGGCGGGGCCUGAGGAAGGCGGCGGCGGAGGAGGAGGAGGAGGAGGGGGAGGCCCGGCCGCCGCGCCCGGGGCCUGCGGAGGAGGAGCAGGAGCAGGAGAAGCGGGGCCGGCGGGAGGCCCGGCCGGGCGGCACCACCACGGAGGGGAGGAGGAGGAGGAGGAGGAGGAAGAGGAGGAGGAGGAGGAAGAAGAGGAGGAGGAGGAUGAGGAAGCGUUGCUGGCCGACGAGGACGAGGCGGCCGCCGCGGCCCCCGAGGCGGCCCCGGCCCAGUCCGGCCCCCCCGGGGAGGAGGAGGAGGAGGAGGAGGAGGAAGAGGAGGCGGCCCCGGCCGAGCCCGCGGGCCCGGAGCCGCCGCAGCUGCAGCCGCCGCAGGAGGAACCGGCGGCCGAGGCCGAGCCCGGAGCGACCGAGGGAGGAGGAGGAGAAGGAGGCGGCGGCGUGAACGGGGCCGAGCGGCCGCCGGAAGAGGCGCCCAGCGGGGACGAGGCGGCCGCGGCCGAGGCCAAGGAGGAGGGAGCGCAGGCGGAGGAGCCCCCGGCCCUCGAGAGGGACUCCCCGAGCCGGGAAUGGACCCCCGGGAGGGACCCCCCCAACCUGGGUUGCACUUCCUGA